AGUGCUUCAUAGGCAUAACAACAAGUUUCUAGCUUAUAAUCAAUAGUCACUUCUAUUAGCAACAUGGCUAACUCCAAAAGUCAGUUCAUCCCUGCCAUGCUUCUUUGGGCCCUACUAAUCAUGCUCACCCUGGAUUUCACAGCUGCCAGUGUAGGCAUCUGCUACGGAAUGCUCGGAAGCGACCUGCCCGACCCAUCGACAGUGGUGGCUCUAUUGAAGCAACACAACAUCCAAACCGUGAGAAUGUACAACCCCCACGGCCCCACCCAACAAGCCCUCAGUGGGUCCGGCAUUGAGCUAAUUCUCGGCGUCCCUAAUACCGACCUCCAAUCCGUGGCCGCCAGCCAGGCCAACGCCGACAAGUACAUUGCGGUCGGGAACGAGGUUAGCCCCGUGGUCGAUGGCUCGGCCCAAUACGUAUCCUACGUCCUCCCGGCCCUCCAAAACAUCCAGACCGCGAUCAACUCGGCCGGGCUCGGAGGCCAGGUCCUGGUCUCGACCGCGGUCGAGAUGACCCUCCUGAGCACGACGUACCCGCCGGCCGACGCGACUUUCCGGCCCGAAGUCACCUCGUACGUCGAGCCCAUCAUCCAACACCUCGCCGAUAACCGGGCCCCGCUCCUCGUCAACAUCUACCCAUACUACAACUACAUCUCCAGCAAAUCGCAGGUCGACUUGGACUACGCGCUCUUCAAGUCAACUGUCGGGGUCGAUGCAGGCGGGGUCCACUACCCGAACCUCUUCUCCGCGAUGGUGGACUCGGUUUACGCGGCGCUCGAGAAGGUCAAAGGCGGCUCGUCGUUGGAGGUGGUGGUGUCGGAGAGCGGGUGGCCGUCGGACGGUGGGGACGCGGCCUCGAUGGACUACGCCAGCACUUACAACGCCAACUUGGCGCGGCACGUGGGGGACGGGACACCCAAGAGGCCCGGGAAGGAGGUCGAGACGUACAUUUUCGAUUUUUUUGACGAGAACGAGAAGAGCCCCGAGCACGAGAAGCAUUUCGGGGUGUUUUAUCCGGAUGGGCAGCCUAAGUAUGAUGUCAGUUUUGCCUAAGUCCAUAUAUUAUUAUUAUUAUAUAUCUAUAUAUUAGAAGUUGCAUGCUUUUUCUGGUUCAGCAAGUUUUUGUUAUGGACCAGUGUUUGUGAUUGGAGUUCUAGUUUGAAUAAAAUGGACCUUUUUUUUAAGGUUGGAUAGUAGUGGGAAUGUUAUGUUAUGUUAUGCAUGGAUUUUUCAGUUGAUUUACAGUUAAUAUCAUUUUGGGAAUUAUAUGACUAUGGC